AUGGUUGCCAUCGCUCGCUCCUUCGGCGCCGCCCGCGUGGCCGCCCGCGGCUUCUCCAACGCUGCCCGCCAGCCCCAGCAGAGCACCCUCGUCGCUGCCCGCAGUGCCUUCCGCAACAACGCCGCCCGCAACGUCAUCCAGAAGCGUGGCAUCGUCGCCGAGUCCACCGCUGCCGCCAUGGUCGCUGCCGCUAAGAUCCAGGGUGCCGGUCUCGCUACCAUCGGUCUUGCCGGUGCCGGUGUUGGUAUCGGAACGGUUUUCGGUGGUCUCAUCCAGGGUGUUGCCCGCAACCCCUCCCUCAGGGGUCAGCUCUUCCAGUACGCCGUUCUCGGUUUCGCCUUCGCUGAGGCCACUGGUCUUUUCGCGCUCAUGAUGUCCUUCUUGCUCCUCUACGUCGCAUAG